AUGUCUUCAAAGCAACAAUCUCAAUGUGAUGAAAGAACAAGUGGUAUGGAAAAAUCAGCUGGAAAAGGUAAACAAUCAAAUCAACCAUUGGCCAAUGAUGAAUGGUGUAACGCCAAUGCCAAACUUGUCACUCCUAAAAAAGAACUGAUAUCAAAAAAUAAUAAAACGCCACAUACGCGUUCAUUAUGGUUUAUGGUUAGACUUUUUGUGGUUCAUGCAGAUAGAGAAGAUUUAAUAUGGUUAGACAAUUUGAUAAAAGACUUUGAAAAUAAUGGUGAUAGUGAUGUGGUUGAUAGAUCAGUUGACUUAGACAAAGAUAAUGAAAAUGAAAAUUUGGCGAAACAAUUGCUGAAAUUAAAGCUAAGUAUGAAUCACGGUGAGACAGAAAUAGCAGUUGUAAGUCCGACUGUUCAACCAUAUGGAAUGAGAUUUGUGUUUCAAGAUGCUGAUGGGCAACAAUUAAUUAUUUCAAGAGAAACCGUGAAAUUUAACCUGACUAAAAAUUAUGUCAAGCCAGUAACUGAGGGUUUAAGUCUAACUCCAUCAGGACAUAUCAGCUAUGACUUCAUUACAAGAUUAAUUAAUUGGGAUGAUAGAUUCAGUCAUUUAAGAGGAAUAUCCCCAAAACAAAUUCAUGAUUAUGUAAAUAAAUUCCGUCAAGAGGGUUGUUACGAAAAGAUUAAUAUUGAAUUCAAAAAAAUGGAAGAAAAGAAUUUAAUCUAUAAAAAAAGAGGCAGUUUAUCUGUAAAAAAGCAAUUGAAAAUUGCAUCAAUGUAUAGAUAA